GAGGGUCCCGUGCUUCGAGAACAACGUCCGCGGCUUGGGCGGCACCCUUUGCGUAUCCAGGCGGGCGCGCGGCGUUGUGCGCUUUGCCUUGUGUGUCUGCGGCGUCUGUGAGGCCCGUCAGACUGCGGACGAGAUUGCGGCUUUUAUCUACGACCGCUUUACGUGGGUGCCGCAGAGGCAUGCCUCAUUGUGCGACUUCCUGGACUCCGUGCUGGAGUUUGUGCAG